CAUUAGUAUUUAUUUAGAAUUUAGUAAAAAAAAAAAAAAAGACUAUUCCAAGAACGUGGGUCCCGUGGUGCAGGCGGCAGUUCAACGAACUUUCGCGUCAACCAAAUGAAUUCUGACAAACCGAACCUACUUACGUAAAGCCCCCGUUUAAUCCUCUCCGAUCUGCCAUGGCGAUCUCGCCGUCGAAGGCGAUGAACGGAGAGAGAGCCGUGGUUCUCCUCUUCGUCUUCCGUGUUCUAUCUUCUGUACCGCUCUCUCUCCUCCCCCAAGCCCUCUCCCUCUCUCUUCUUUCCCUCUUCUCCAUCUUCGUCGAGUUCCGCGCCGACGACGGUUCCCUCUCCCUCUUCAAAACCAGGCCAGGUGCUUCAUCGGGAAUAAUGUUAGGAGCAGUUACGUUGCCAACUGUAAUGCUCUCGAAGUUGAUUCAGCUCUCGAGAGCUUUGUCUUUGCAAAAAAUUGAGCUUGGAGAGCUUGAACAUAUGACAAUGCAAUUUUGGGCCACAUCGGCUUGUUGCUGCGGUGUGCUUAUAUUCCUCUCCAUUGUUUUGUGGUAUGCUGCCAACAAUAAGAAUCCCCAUUUCUCCUGUAGUGUUUGGGAUUCAAAGUUUAGCUUAAGCUGUGUCAUCUUAUACUCGGUGGUUUGCUGUAUUUCACUUGCCACAAUAUCCCAUACUGGCUUUAACACAGCUUUAAAGUUACUAUGGUUGCUAUGUCAUGGAUUUGCAGCAGUGAAAUUAAUUCAACAUCUUCUCAAUACGUUCCCAUGUUGUGCUUCAAUCGGGGAAGCUCUUUUGGUGACUUCAGGUCUGGUACUCUAUUUUGGUGACAUGUUGGCAUGUACCAUUUCAAAGGUCUGUAGACUCUUGAUUUCACCAGAGUUAGUAUCCAUACGAUAUGGAAUUAAAAGAAGUGAGAUAGGUAUCAUUAUUCAGGGUGUGCUGCUUGGACUUCUUAUUUUUUCAGCAGUCUUUAAAUUUGUUAUCCGCUUAUGGGAAUACUUUUGGGUAGCUAACAACUCUGAAUCAAGACAAAGCAAAGAAAUUGGGAGAUCUCUUAUAUUCUUUAGUUCCCUUGGAUUUAUCAUGAUUGCCAUUGCCCCAUCUUGGAUGAUGAUUGUCCUAGAUUUUGAUGUACAUCCCGUAUUAUGGAUAUUCCAGUUUGUUUUUUCGGAACCAUUUAAAAGACUGUCACUAUGCAUCUACUGGUUGGGUUUGAUAUAUGCAUCUGUCUUGAGGUUCUACAACAUUUCUAAGAAUAGUAAGAUCGAGAGGAUUCUUCUUCGAAAAUACUACCAUCUGCUAGCUGUUUCAAUGUUUCUGCCCGCUCUUAUUUACCAGCCAAAAUUUCUUGAUCUAGCAUUUGGUGCAUCUUUGGCAGUUUUCUUGGUGUUAGAAAUUAUUCGAGUUUGGAGAAUUUGGCCUUUAGGGCAACUUGUGCAUCAAUUUAUGAGUGCCUUUACAGAUCAUCGUGAUUCGGAUCUUCUUAUUGUCAGCCACUUUUCACUCUUAUUGGGAUGUGCACUUCCUAUCUGGAUGUCCUCUGGGUUCAAUGAUCGACCUCUUACCCCUUUUGCUGGAAUUUUAAGCCUUGGCAUUGGAGAUACAAUGGCAUCAAUGGUUGGCCACAAGUAUGGUGUCCUUAGGUGGAGCAAAACUGGCAAGAAAACUAUCGAAGGCACUGCAGCUGGUAUAACAUCUGUCCUCGCUGCUUGCUCUGUUCUGCUUCCACUUUUGGCAUCCACAGGAUACAUUCUAACUCAGCACUGGUUCCCUCUUCUCAUAGCCGUGACCACAAGUGGUUUGUUGGAGGCCUACACAACGCAACUCGAUAAUGCUUUUAUGCCACUUGUCUUCUACUGCCUCCUCUGUUUGUAAACGCAUACUUCAUCCUUCCAAAAAGAUAAGUAUACAUGGAUAUUUAUAAACAAAUCCUAACAACAUGCUUUUUAUUUAGUGGCUUUUUUAUUCUUUUGAUAGAUAUUACUAACCACACUCAUGGAAUCCAAAGAGCCUGUUGCAUCCCAUACCAUUUUAGUUUCAGAAUAAUCUAGAAUUUGGUGUAGAAUGAGCUAGCUGAGUCUUAAUAUUUCAUUAGGCGUUUUGAGCCAUCAGAGACAAGUGAGUCGCAACAUAAAACGAUUGGUUUAUAGACAGCUAGGAUUGUUUUGUGUACUGUUUUACAUGAAUACAAUAAUUUUACAUGUAAGUUGUUGUAAUCAUUUGAAUAUUUUUCAGCAUUAAUACUAGUAAUUCAUCGUUGGGUAAUCUUCUUGACAUCUAUGAUCAUUUUAAUCUUAACACUUGUUAUUUUAACCUUUAUGUUCCUCAUUUCAUUUAUUAAAUAAAACAGGAAUAACCUGCAAAGCCCAACUUUGAAACAGAGGCUUUCGUUUUGAUAGUUCACUCCUAACCCAAUGAGGUUUGGGCUUUGCUAUGGUCCAAGUUUGAGCCUUCAACUUGCUUUAACUGAGAGUAUUUCAUUGGGACAAUAAAGUUUAGAAAUAUGGUGCCUGUCAUGCACAAAUUAUUGGUUACGAACAGGAUUUUCAAAAAGUAUAGGGCGGGGAGGGGGCCUUUGUCUAGACCCACCUGCCAGCAUAUCCAUAAUGGUCAUCCAGAUUCAACACAUUAACAAAAUUUUAUCUUAAUUUUCUGAAAACCAAAAACACCCGAAAUUUUCAACAUGUACAUGUUGUAGGACGUGCCUGUCCUACAAGGAGAUAUUUUUUCUCAUAUCCAAGACCUUUUCAUAUUGACAUGUUAUCGAUGUAUGUAUAGAACAUCAAUAAA